GGGGUGGUUUCACUGUGUGGCUCAGGCUGGUCUUGAACUCUGGGGCUCAAGCGAUGUGCCUGCCUUGGCCUCUCAAAGUGCUGGGAUUACAGGUUGUGAGCCACUGCGCCUGGCCCUGGCUUCUUAAAAGUUUUUAAAUCACACCAAAUGGUACUGGUGCUGCCGCUGCUGCUGCUGAUUGCCUUGAUUUUUCUUUGAUCCCACUUGGAAGUUUGUUAAUGCCACACUCCACUGUACUCCACACAUUAGAUUGCAGUGGGGGAUGGAGGGUGGCACAGCCUUUAUACAUACCUCCCUUCUGUGGUUUGGCCUCUGGGACCAGCAGGGUCCCUGUGCUGUAAUUGUCUGAAGUGAUGGACAUAAUGCAACUACUGAUUAGUGAUGGUAGAUAUGUUGCCUUACUUUUAUGACCAUUGAAUUGACAGAUUGGAAUUGGAAACACCUGUCACCUCCAAGCUUUUAAGAGAACUUCACAUGGAUAUACAGCUUAGCCGGAGUUUAAGAGUUUUAAGUUACACAACUAAGUGCUUGGUUGUGCUUGUAGUAGGUACGUUCCUGUACCACAGGAACCAGGUAGAGGCUUUCUUGGUCAUUUGCUAAGUCAUGGUUAGACAGGAACAAGUGUAAACUAGUCUGUGGUUGCAGUGUAAUUUCCUUUUGUUGAAAUUCCUUUGCUUUCUCGGCUUCCCUAACAUGUAAUUUCUGAAGACUCAUCUUGAGCUCUCCUCAGUGUCCCAAAUGAAUUUAUUCCAGUGAGGGAUGGCCCACUGCAUGACCUUGGUUCAGCUGUCUAUUUCCUGUGACCAUCUCAUUACCAUGGACAUCGGCUCCAAGUCUGACCCACUCUGCGUCCUUUUACAGGAUGUGGGAGGGGGCAACUGGGCUGAGCUUGGCCGGACUGAACGAGUGCAGAACUGCUCAAGCCCUCAGUUCUCCAAGACUCUGCAGCUUGAGUACCACUUUGAGACAGUCCAGAAGCUACGCUUUGGAAUCUAUGACACAGACAACAAGACACCAGAGCUGGGGGAUGAUGACUUCCUAGGGGGUGCUGAAUGUUCCCUAGGACAGAUUGUGUCCAGCCAGGUACUGACUCUUCCCUUGAUGCUGGAGCCUGGAAAACCUGCUGGGCGGGGGACCAUCACGGUUUCAGCUCAAGAGUUGAAGGACAAUCGUGUAGUAACCAUGGAGAUAGAGGCCAGAAACCUAGAUAAGAAGGACUUCCUGGGAAAAUCGGAUCCAUUUCUGGAGUUCUUCCGCCAGGGUGAUGGGAAAUGGCACUUGGUGUACAGAUCUGAGGUCAUCAAGAACAACCUGAACCCUACAUGGAAGCGCUUCUCAGUCUCUGUUCAGCAUUUCUGUGGUGGAGACCCCAGCACACCCAUCCAGGUGAGAUGCUCCGAUUAUGAUAGUGAUGGGUCACAUGAUCUCAUCGGUACCUUCCACACCAGCUUGGCCCAGCUGCAAGCAGUCCCGGCUGAGUUUGAAUGCAUUCACCCUGAGAAGCAGCAGAAAAAGAAAAGUUACAAGAACUCUGGAACUAUCUGUGUGAAAAUUUGCCAGGUAGAAACAGAGUAUUCCUUCCUGGACUAUGUGAUGGGAGGCUGUCAGAUCAACUUCACUGUGGGCGUGGACUUCACUGGCUCCAAUGGAGACCCCUCCUCACCUGACUCCCUACACUACCUGAGUCCAACAGGGGUCAACGAGUACCUGACGGCACUGUGGAGUGUGGGCACCGUGGUUCAGGACUAUGACUCAGACAAGCUGUUCCCAGCAUUUGGAUUUGGGGCCCAGGUUCCCCCUGACUGGCAGGUCUCGCAUGAAUUUGCCUUGAAUUUCAACCCCAGUAACCCCUACUGUGCAGGCAUCCAGGGCAUUGUGGAUGCCUACCGCCAGGCCCUGCCCCAAGUCCGCCUCUAUGGCCCUACCAACUUUGCACCCAUCAUCAACCAUGUGGCCAGGUUUGCAGCCCAGGCUGCACAUCAGGGGACUGCCUCGCAAUACUUCGUGCUGUUGCUGCUGACUGAUGGUGCUGUGACCGAUGUGGAGGCCACACGUGAGGCUGUGGUGCGUGCCUCGAACCUGCCCAUGUCAGUGAUCAUUGUGGGUGUGGGUGGCGCUGACUUCGAGGCCAUGGAGCAGCUGGAUGCUGAUGGUGGACCCCUGCAUACACGUUCUGGGCAGGCCGCUGCCCGUGACAUUGUGCAAUUUGUACCCUACCGCCAGUUCCAAAAUGCCCCUCGGGAGGCAUUGGCACAGACCGUGCUCGCAGAGGUGCCCACACAACUGGUCUCCUACUUCAGGGCCCAGGGUUGGGCCCCGCUCAAGCCGCUUCCACCCUCAGCCAAGGGCCCAGCACAGGCCCCCCGGGCCUAG